AGAAUGCAGCCGUUUGUCUCCUUUCUAUGACCUGGAAGCCCCCUCCCCUGCUUCGAGUUGUCUUGCCUUUCCGGACCGAACCAAUGUACAGCUUACACAUAUUGAUGACGUCUCAUGUCUCCAUAAAACGUAUAAAACCAAGCUGUGCCCCGAAUACCUCCUGAGGCUGUGUCACACGCACACCCUUAACUUUGGCAAAAUAAGCUUUCUAAAUUGAUUGACACCUAUCUCAGAUACCUUUUGGUUUACACAGUUAAUAAGCAUCUUGUGUAGAGACAUUUUGUAGAUAUCCCGAUUCCUAUCAGAUGUUCACCCACUAGUUUGAACAUCUAUUGAUAUUUCUUGCAUGAAAUGAUGCUGUGGUGGUUGCCAAAUAGGAUUUUCCAUCCUUCUACAUUAUUAGUUCGGCCAGUCAUGGUGGCUCACACCUGUAAUCCUAGCACUUUGGGAAGGCAAGGUGGGAGGAUUGCUUGAGCCCAGGAGUUCAAAACCAGCCUAGGCAACAAAGUGAUACCCCAGUCUCUACAGAAAAAUUUAAAAAUUAGCCAAGCAUGAUGGCGCACACCUGUAGUCCUAGCUACUUGGGAGCCUGAGAUGGGAGGAUCACUUGAGCCUAGGAGGUUGAGGCUGCAGUGAGCCAUGUUCACACCACUGCACUCCAGCCUGGGUGACAGAGCGAGACCCUGUCUGAAAACAAAACACAUUUAUAGUUCACGUUCUAAAGAUUAGAAGAGCUUUUCUUUCCCACUGCCUGAGUUAUAUCAGAAUAAACUUGUAUUUUAAUUUUAUUCAGUGGUUUGUGAUCCAUGACUAUCAUCUUGAUGCUCACAUUUUCUAGAUUUAGCUAGUGACUUCUGCAUCUAUGUGACUUGCCCUGCCAUUGGGACACUUUCUGCCACACAAAAAUAUUCCAGAUCUUGUACUUUCUCUUGUAUGACCCUGGGAUCAGCCAUUUCUCCAAGUAGCCCUGGUUCCUUUUAGUGGAGAAUGGGAUGCGGCAGCCAGGGUUUGGAUGUUAGGGGUGCUUCUCACUAUUGGGGUGUCGCUGCUCUUAAGCUCUCCCAGUGGAUUAAGCUAGGAAAUACAUGUUUGCAUACAAACCACUUUUUAAAAAAAAAUUUUUUUUUUUUUGAGAUGGAGUCUCGCUCUGUCGCCCAAGCUGGAGUACAGUGGCCCAAUCUCGGCUCGCUGCAAGUUCCGCCUCCAGGGUUCAUGCCAUUCUCCUGCCUCAGCCUCCUGAGUAGCUGGGACUACAGGCUCCUGGCACCACGCCCAGCUAACUUUUUGUAUUUUUAGUGGAGAUGGGGUUUCACCGUGUUAGCCAGGAUGGUCUCCAUCUCCUGACCUCGUGAUCCGCCCGCCUCGGCCUCCCAAAGUGCUGGGAUUACAGGAGUGAGCCACCACACCCGGCCACACAACACUUAACUUCUAUAUAAACAACCAUGUGUUCACACAAUUUUAUCUCCAAUUCCAUUGCGACACCGACACCACAAGGGUCAUUCUAACCUCCGAUCUAUGUUUGUACAUCCAUCCUCUGACGGUGCAAACCCUGAUUCUACAUUGUGAAAUCAUCCCGACUUUAUGGUCAGGAAAGCGAGGCCCAGAGGGGCUGCUUCCGGGCAGCAGGAUGAGGAUCUGUCUCCAGCUGUCCGACCUUAGAGGGCUUCGAGAGGACAGAGCCAGCCUGCGGGGCACUCACCUUUGUGCACCUGCCCAGGCGAGGCGGGCUCAGUGCGCACGCGCCCAGGGGCCUUUAAAGCGCCCGCCGCGCGUCUCUUCCCCUAGCUGCAAGGGUCGGUGCUUGGCCUCGCCCGCAACACCCUCCUGGAGGAUGCUGGUGAGAGGCAGGGACCAGGGGUCCGGCUCCCGGCUCGGGUCUAUUGUUAGGCGCUGGGCCCCCAGGCCCUCUCCUUUGCAGAGUCCCGCUGCCUCCCUCGACGCAGAGCCUUCAAGCGCCGCAGUCCCCGACGGCUUCCCCGCGGGCCCCAGUGUCUCCCCAAGACGCCUGGCGAGGCCGCCGGGGCUGGAGGAGGCGCUGAGCGCGCUGGGGCUGCAGGGAGAACGCGAGUACGCCGGGGACAUCUUCGCCGAAGUCAUGGUGUGCCGCGUGCUGCCCCUGAGAGCCCUGCCCCGCGCUGUGACCCCGGAGAUGCGCGCCCUGGUGGUAGACUGGCUGGUCCAGGUGCACGAGUACCUGGGUCUGGCUGGUGACACACUUUAUCUGGCGGUUCACCUGCUUGAUUCCUACCUGAGCGCUGGCCGCGUGCGCCUACAUCGCCUGCAGCUGCUGGGCGUGGCUUGCCUGUUUGUGGCGUGCAAAAUGGAAGAGUGCGUGCUUCCCGAGCCCGCCUUCCUCUGCCUCCUGAGCGCGGACUCCUUCUCACGGGCGGAACUGCUGCGCGCCGAGCGCCGCAUCCUGAGCCGCCUGGAUUUCCGGCUGCACUACCCGGGCCCGCUGCUGUGCCUCGGGCUGCUGGCCGCGCUGGCAGGGAGCAGCCCCCAGGUGAGCCCUUGUGAAUACGCGGGGUGGGGGCGUGGCCGGCGCGAGGUGGGGCGUGGCCUGACAGUCGCCCCGCCUCACUUGCAGGUGAUGCUACUUGCCACCUACCUCCUGGAGCUGUCUUUGCUGGAGGCCGAGGCGGCGGGAUGGGAGCCGGGUCGUCGUGCGGCUGCGGCUCUGAGCCUGGCGCACCGCUUGCUCGACGGGGCGGGCUCCAGGCUCCAGCCAGAACUUUACAGCCCCGAGGAACUGGGCACCCUCGAGCCGUGCAUGGCCCGCGCUGCACUCCGAGGUCCCGCGCCCGGUCGCGCUGCAAUCUUCCUCAAGUAUGCGCGGCCCCAGCGCCAGGGGACCAGCCUUGCCGCCGCCUGCCUGCUCUGCCGCCUCCAGUCUGAGCCUCCCUGAGUACUGAGACUCAGUCACAAAAAAAUCAACAACAAAAAACAAAACCCUCCCAGUGUGUAUCCGUCUCUCAUCUCAAUAAAAGAAUUUAUUUUAUUCUGA